AUGUCUCCUGUCUUUUCACCUUUUACUGCAUGUGCAGUAGCAGCCUUGGCACUGUCAGGCGUCGUGACUUCUGCCCCUUUUGUCGAAGAACGUGCAAUAGGCUCAGCCAGUGUAUCCAGUACUGUCCUUGUCAUUGCACGUGAUGCGGCUUCUGCAGCGGUUGGAUACUCUGGGCUUCAAGGCUAUGGCAUUCCUUUCCAGACACUUCUAGUACCCUCAACCGGCGCGACCCUUCCGCAGCUGAAUUCUUCGACCACUGCCGGUAACUUCGGUGGCAUUCUCGUCUUGAGCGAGGUUUCGUACGACUACAACGAACAGUUUCUCAGUGCACUUACAGAGUCCCAAUGGCAACAACUCUACGACUAUCAGGUAGCGUUCGGAAUUCGAAUGGUUCGGGUUGAUGCUUUCCCUUCGGCAGACUUUGGCGUUAUCGACGUUAACGGCAACGGCAACGAUGAACCCGUCAGCAUCACCAACUCUUCAGAUUUUCCUACCGCCAACAUCAAAACCAAUGCACAGGUCAGCAUUGCCGGAAUCUGGCAUUAUCCAGCAACAAUCACCAAUACUUCAAUUGCCUGGGAAGUUGCACAGUUUUCUACGGUUGGCACAGCUGCAGUCGUCAACAGCAUUGGCGGUCGUCAACAGCAGGUCUGGUUCCUGCCGUUUGCGCAGGAUUGGUCCCCGGCAUCGAAUUUCCUCCAGCAUGCUUGGAUCCAUUGGAUGACCAGGGGCCUCUACGUGGGAUUUCGGAGAGUCUAUUUCAACACGCAAGUUGACGACAUGUUCUUGGAGACCGAUAUAUACUCCCCAGCUAACACAACCUUCCGCAUCCGACCCGACGAUCUUAGCAACCAUGUCACCUGGCAAGCUAACCUCAACACCCGCUUGCCCUCUGGCUCCCAAUAUGUCAUCGAAAUUGGCCACAAUGGGAACGGAGACAUUGAGGCUGCUCUCGAUACAGCUGGCUCGUCUACCUGCAAACCAGACACUGCUAUUGAAUACGCCGACCAGAUCGAUACCCCUUUAGAAUUCCAAAAGCCUCUUGGGACUGGCACAAACAUAUGGCCCACAACCCCAACGUCGUACACAUGGAGUUUGGCUUGUGCUAAACUUGAUGCACUUGAACAGUGGUUCGCGACCGCAUCAAAUCUCAACGCGUUUUCGCACAUCUCUCACACCUUCACACAUGAAUCCCUAGACAAUGCUACUUACUCGGACGCUCUGAAAGAAAUAACAUUCAACAUUGCCUGGCUCAAGCAAGUGGGCAUAUGGAACGCCAAUAGGUUCAGUGCAAGUGGUCUCAUCCCGCCCGCCAUUACCGGACUUCACAACGGAGACGCCAUACGGGCAUGGAUGACCAACGGAGUCUCCAACAUCAAGUAUGUGGUGGGAGACAAUACCCGCCCAGUGCUGUUGAAUACUCAAAACCCAUUCUGGCCGCUCAUAACCACACUCACUGCGAACGGGUAUGACGGUCUAGUGAUCGUGCCUCGAUGGGCAACUACCAUCUAUUACAAUUGUGAUUUACCGGCAUGUACUUUGGCCGAAUGGAUCAAUACGUCUGCAGGCAGUGGAACUUUUGACAACCUUCUUGCAGACGCUAAAGCAACGAACACCCGGCAUCUUCUCGGGUUGCAUUGGGACCCGUACAUGUUCCAUCAAGCAAACCUAAGGCAGACCGACGUCGCAAGCACCGUAGUAAACGGAAGCUCACAACAGCUCUCUUUGCUUCAAAUAUGGGUUGAGACUGUCGUCGCAGAGAUGACAAGACUCGUCACCUGGCCAUUCAUCACUUUAAAGCACGAUGAUCUCGCCCUGCAAUUCGUCAAUCGCCAGACACGCGAUAAUUGCAACCCUAACAUCAAUUACAACCUCUCAAAGGACGGCAAGUCAAUCAUUAGCGUGACAGUCACCGCCAACGACAAUACCUGCGCGACGACGAUUCCCGUAACCUUCCCCGGCCCCGUCACGUCGACUAGCGGCGCGACCACGGAGCAGGUCGGAACGGAUCCUCUGACGCUUUGGGUCACGAUGAGCGGGUCCGCCCGUACGUACACCCUGACGACGGCGAUCCAGUUGUAGAGGCAUCUCCUACAUUUCCUAUUCGCGGGUCCUCGAGAGUUUGGCUUGGCGCUGGGUAUGCAAUUUCUCCGGCAUCAUCGUAUCGCCAUGUCUGCAAUAGUGGGCAGGGGAAAAGUCUGAGUGGGGUGUCAAAAUAUAAUUCAGAAACUAUAAAAUGGAAUUCAAGUAACUACCAAACCGGAU